GGGGCAGAGAAGCUGAGACCAGCUUGGAAACCUCCAGCUCUCACACCCAAGUUCCUCGCUCCCUGCAGACAUGAAGGUCUCCGCAGCGCUUCUGUGCCUGCUGCUCACAGCUGCUGCCUUCAGCCUCCAGGCACUUGCUCAGCCAGAGGGGAUUAAUAGCCCAACCACCUGCUGCUAUAGAUUUACCGUUAGAAAGAUCCCCAUCCAGAAGCUGAAGAGCUACAGAAGAAUCACCAGCAGCUAUUGUCCCAGGGAAGCCGUGAUCUUCAAGACCAAACAGGCCAAGGAGCUCUGUGCUGACCCCAAGCAGAAGUGGGUCCAGGAUUUCAUGGAGUACCUGAACAAGAAAACCCAAACUUCAAAGCUAUGAACCUUCAUGCCCACAAUGAAGCCAAGUCAGUACUCAGGGAACAAUUAAUGUAUAUGCCCUGUUCUUUCCAACAUGCAUUCUGAAAUUAUUCUAUUACAAUUCUAAGGAAUAUGAAAUUUGUGUAAUAAUGUGAAUCAUGGUUUUUCUUAAGUAGUGUAUUAUGUCAUCUUCUAAGUUGUUAAUAUUUUAAUUUAAUGGGCUCUGGAAUUGGAUGUGUUUCAAAUGCAAACCUUUGGACACAUGUCACUUCAGACCCUUGAAAACUACAGGAUGCUCCUUCCUCUCUACCUCACUGUAGUGUUGUGAGUAUCUGUGCAUGAAUCAAUGCAAAUAAACAUAUAUUUAAUUUUUAGGAGGGGAUGUCCCUAUGAAACAUAAUAAUAUCA